AAGUAGUGCUAGUUAGGCCUUCGGGCCAUGAAUAUCGUUUCUAGAUUCGUGCGUAACUUAUCCAAAUCGUAUUUAGCCAGUAAGAUAAAAUCUAUUCAGUUUCGGCAGCCGCGGCACCAAAGUGGGGGAUGAUUGAAAUUCCAUUAAAAAAUUUGUGAUUUGAUAGCGGAUGUUUCGAAAAUUCACGCCCUAGAGUGGUUUUUAGUUAAUUUGUCCAAAGUAAAUAUUUGGUGUCAGUAAAGUGAGGAUUUGUUUUCCGAAGAGCUUGCGGCUCCAUUUUCGUGGGGUGUGCGUGAGUUAUUUUAAUGCGAAAGCAUAAAUUUCAUCCAUCGUUCGCGGACCGUGAAGAGAAACUAUCUCUGAGGCGAGGAAGAUAACCACAAUUUAUUAAAGCCCCGCAAAGGGUGCCUCGGAACCAGAUUAGCACUUUAGAAAGAUUAUGCAGAGCUGAAUUUCUCAAAAUACGACAUGAAAAUAUGGAGCAGUUUGAACAACUACUAACGUGCUGCGUAUGCCUGGAUCGGUAUCGCAAUCCCAAAUUGCUGCCGUGCCAGCACUCAUUCUGCAUGGAACCUUGCAUGGAAGGCCUGGUGGACUACGUUCGGAGACAGGUUAAGUGCCCGGAAUGCCGUGCCGAACACAGAAUCCCGUACCAAGGCGUCCAAGCCUUUCCAACGAAUGUAACCCUGCAACGUUUUCUAGAACUGCACAUCGAAAUCACUGGAGAGUUGCCAGACCCAACUUCAGGUCAGGUUAUGGAACGUUGCAAUGUUUGCUCCGAGAAAGCUUACCUCUCUAGUUGCGCUCAUUGUGACAAAAAAACCUGUGAAGACUGUAAGAGUGCUCAUAUGGAUAUUUUGCGCCGCGAAAUCGUUCGAAUUAACAGUCAGGUUCGGCGGGGAAUACAUAGGCUUCAGGAUGUUUUGGCUAUAAUUGAGAAAAAUAUGCUUAGCUUACAAACUAAUACCCUUAGCGUUUCAGAAGAAAUCGAAGAAAUCUACCGUAGACUCACAAAGGCGAUCAAAGAUCGAACUGAAGGCUUGCGCGGAGAAAUCGAUCGAUACUUGACUACAGAAAUGAGGAAUCUUACAUCGCUCAAGGAUAAUUUGGAACUCGAAAUUACAAAUAUCCAAAGCAACUGUGAUGUUUGUGAUAAGUAUAUGAACGAAAACGUAGAGUGGGAUGAUUGUGAACUUAUGGAUACUAAAGAAAUAUUUUUGAAAACAGUAGAGUUUCUCAGAAAUUUCGAAUAUGAAAACGCGGAUUAUAGUCGACGCGUUCGAUUCCUAAUGUCAAUUGAUCCAAAUCAGUUGGUGAUAAACUUAGCAACGUUUGGCGACUUGAAUAUCACACCACAUGCCCCGGGUCACAGUCAGAGUGGGGCACAUUUGGCGAUCCCGAAUGCCCAUCAACCAGGGCUUAUGCGAUCCAAGAGUGACCAUCGUCUAGCUACACAAUUCCGUCAAGAUGAACGAGGCUAUGACGAUGAACCAGUCCUGGGAGGCAGAAAGUUUGGAGAGCGUCAUCGCGCUGGUGGUGGAGGCGACCGCUAUGGUGACUCCGGAUCACGAUAUGGUCGAGGAGGCGACUACGAUUAUGAUUAUGAUAAUGAAUCCUCAUCGAGAGCCCCAAAAUCUCGAUUCAGAUCGAGAUUCGUAAGAAGUCAUCAAAAUGAAAAUGAUUCCGACAGUGAGGUCAACAGGAAUGUGCGGUUCAAUGAAAAAGAUACCAAAGAGCGGGACCGUGUCCUGGAUACAGAGGAUGUAUCACGCGGGCAGCUUAGUGGCAUAAUUAGACUUUCAGAUAGUCCAAGAGUCUUGAAACGCCUUCAGGAACAGGGCAAAGAUAAGAAAGAGAAGAAAGAACCCGCACCUCCACCAGUACAACAAGCCAAACCCGCCGUUCGUACGCGUCCAGCUCCGCCAGCUGCCGCACGACAAGUUUCAGAGGACGAUGAAAUAUCAAGACUUAAACGUCAAAACAAGGGAUCGACAUCAACCACCCCUGCUCAUACGGAACCAGAACGUCCUGCGGCCGACAGGGUUGCAGCCCUGAAGCGCACCUCAGCAAGCGCCACAGCUACGAGCGAAGAAAGUGAUAGCGGACCUGGUUCACCUGUGCGCCGCACACCUCCCCAACCUGAGGCUGACACCGAAUCUGAAGAAGAAUCUGAUGGUUCAAUUCCAUCUCACCAACAGUCUGUAACCAAAUCUACGCCGGCAGGAGUAGCCAACAGCCCAAAGAAGACCACCCGUUCCCAAAGCAGUGAGUCAACGGCGUCGACAGAAAGUUCUAGUUCUUCUGCAGCUGUAGCUUCAUCUACACCCGCGAGAUCAUCCAUUGCAAACGAUACAAAACCAGCUGUUCGCACACGUACAUCUGUGGAUAGCACACCAUCGACACCACCUGCGACGGAAAAGAAACCUUUCCAGAGCCGAUUCUUACCCCAGCACCAACAGACCACUGAGAAGAAGGAAGAAUCAGAAUCGAGCACUGAAGAAGAAACUUCUUCAGAAGAAUCAGAGGAAGAGGAAGAAGAACCAAAGAAAACCCCAGUCAAGGCACCUACUCGUGAUAACAUAGGUGCGUCAACAUCUCAAAGAACACGUGACGCUAUUGAGAAUCGUCGAAAUUCUCGUGAAGAAGCAAGUCUACGGUCUGCGUAUGCCCCUUCCAAUUAUAGAACAGCGACCGAACGUGACAGUAGCCCUAAGUAUACCGCCUCGAGUACGCGAACACGCCCUGGAGCUUCGUCCUAUACAGAACCUGAUGAUCACCGUUAUGGCGGAUCAUCUGGAAGCAGCUAUACAAGUCGCUUUUUAAAUAAGAGCAAAAGCACUGCGGUUGUACCGCCCGAGGACGAUAACGCUACAGGAGACGAUUCGGACAGUAGGUAUGGCACUGGACGGUCUAGGUAUUUGGCCAUGAAGGAGAGACGCAAUCGCUUGGCCAGAAGCCGGUCCACUCAUACGUUCGGAAAUGAUGACGACGAUCUUGACGAUCCCGUUUCACCAACCACCGCAUCGCCGUCUGCUUAUCUUGCUUCAAGAUACGGAACAUCAUCUAUGGCAUCGGGACCUUCUGAUUUAUCCAGAAGUAGAUCGUCGCAUGCCCUUAAAUCUCGCGAAAGUUCUCCAGACAGGAAUGCAGGCGCAGGAGCCAAAGAUGGAGAGGCGCUCAGUUCAUGGGCGCGUUACCUCAAAAACAAAUAUGGCAAUCGCAGUGCAAAGGACGCACGCGAGGGACCCUCGACACCUUCGAGUAGUUCUUCGACAGCAAGACGCUUGAGCCUAGGCCUUCCGCUUAGACAAGCCAAUGAAUUAGGAUCCUCCGAUGAUGAUUCAAAAAACGGGCUAGGCUCCCCUACCUCCCCUACGGCAGCAGUCGGUAUAACCGCAGCAGGUAUCUCCCCUAGGACACAAUACCUGCGUAAACGACAGCAGCUGUUUCAAGUGGGUGGCCGGGGGAGCGAGCCCGGAUCGUUCACAUGGCCUCGCGGCAUUGCCGUUGGACCUGAGAACACCAUCGUUGUAGCAGACUCUUCCAAUCACCGCGUACAAGUAUUUGAUGCCAACGGAACAUUUGUGAAGGAGUUCGGCGAGUAUGGCAAUGGCGAAGGAGAAUUUGACUGCUUAGCCGGUGUGGCAGUCAACCGAAUCGGUCAAUAUAUUAUAGCGGAUAGAUACAAUCAUCGAAUUCAAGUGCUGGAUCCCCAAGGACGGUUUCUACGGGCUUUUGGCUCUCAAGGCACCGCCGACGGGAAAUUCAAUUACCCGUGGGGUGUAACCACAGAUGCAUUAGGCUUUAUCUACGUUUGCGAUAAAGAAAAUCACAGAGUUCAGGUUUUCCAAUCAGAUGGGACUUUUGUUGGCAAGUUCGGUACAUGCGGACGGGGUGAAGGACAACUCGAACAUCCCCAUUAUAUUGCCGUUUCGAAUACCAAUCGGGUCAUCGUUUCAGACUCAAAUAACCAUAGAAUUCAGAUAUUUGAUGUAAAUGGUAAAGUUCUAUCGACCUUCGGUACGGAAGGCUCUGAGGAAGGACAAUUCAAAUUCCCAAGAGGUGUUGCUGUCGAUGACCAAGGAUACAUUUGCGUCGCUGAUUCAGGCAACAACCGAAUUCAAAUUUUCCAUCCCGACGGCAGUUUCUUGCGAGCAUUCGGCUCUUGGGGUUCCGGCGAAGGCGAAUUCAAAGGGCUGGAAGGAGUCGCUAUCAUGUCAAAUGGAAACAUUUUGGUUUGUGACCGCGAAAACCACCGCGUGCAAGUAUUCUGAAAGCCCAGCAGCUUUUCCUUUGCUGUGUAGUAGAGAAUCCUGCAUAGCCUCGUUUUUACUGUCUACUAUAAAAUGAAGGACACGAACCGUUCGACGCUGAAUAAGUUUACUGUUUGAUGACGCUGUUAGGAUGCUUCCCUUGACUUGUGCACAUUAUUUCUAGAAUUUGAAUCGAACGUUAUAUCCUUGCGAACACGAAAUUAUGACCAUGAAACGAACCCAAUUGGAAAUCGAAACUCAACGCCCGAAAGUGGAAGUUGGCAGAACACUUGCUCCACUUUCGGAUCUAUCGACACUAAAAUGCGUAACCAAACAAAAAAUUUUUAGCAAUAAUUCAUGCGGCAAACAUGCGAAUGUUUCUCCUAAAUCUACAUAUAUACGAUUACAUGGCGCUCCUUUCGUUCAUUUACUUUUUGGACUCAUUGCCUUGACUUGAAGCUGUUCUUUAUACGGGGAAAGGCGAGAGAUAAUUGGCGCUAAUUAAAGGAAAAUAGAAACUGCCUGUUUGGAAUUUUACAGGAGUCGAAAAUGCAUUAUUGCAAUCUUGCGUAAUGUGGCUUCAGAUGCUUCCUACAUUUUUUAUCGGAUCCAUUUUUCAUUGUUGUUUCAGUCUUGACACAUUUGUUAAUUAGUUUUUGUUUGUUAAGUCAAUCCAUAUAGAAUACUUCUGUCGAGUUUUAAAUGUUUUCCACUUUGUUAUGUGAAAUUUACGACGGUUUUUAUUGUCUAAAUAAAUGAUUUGUUAUAUUU